GGCGGCUGGGGGUUGUUGUUGUCGAAGCUAAUUUGCCUCCGUCCCCGUAGCCAUGGCGACCUGGCCGGGGCAAAGCCGCUCGCGCCGAGGACAGCUCGCGGACUAGUCUCAUUGCGCGUCAGGCAGCUCACAGGGCAGCGCCGCCGUGUCGCUACCGGACGCAACCAGCGCCGACUCUGGCAAAGAGACUGGCGGGAUGAAGCAGAAGCAGGCGGGUGCAGAGCUAUUGGCACCGCCGAGUGCCCAUGAGCUGGUGCCGCCGUCAUCUGCCAUUAGCAUCUCACAGGGUGGACAGAAUAGAAAGAAACCCCACAUUCUGCCACCCAUAGCAGACAGGCGGGUUGCGUCGAUGGAGUGGCCGCCCCGCGGCAGUCCUCCGCCCUCGUGGCGGCGUCCGAGCAUCGACGAGAUGCUGCAAGGCGGCAGCGACCGGCCGUCCGUGUGCGUCAGCCACUGUCCCGACCAGCAGGACGAGGCUGGCCAGAACAACAACCUGAAGAGCACCCUGGGCCCCAACAAGUACGCUCCAUUGGAUCCCAUCAAAAAGAAGACUGCGCAGUAAAAUCAAACUGGGGGCAAGAAAAUUAAAUCCACGCCGCGUUUCGCUGCAUCGCAAAUUUUUUUCUCCUCGAAAUAUGCUGUUUUUGUUAUAUUAUUUGGUUCGUGAAAGUUAUACUAGGCCCAAGUUGUAUAAUUUUCUGACCAAAUAUGAUUGCGUUUUCCAACCAAACCUCUCUUCCAGUCGACAGGAGAUGAUCCUCAGACAAGAGUGUAAUUUUUGGUUUGUUUAUUGAAGCUAAUUGCGCUUUGAUUGCUUUAGGUAUUUGCAUACAAUAUGCGCCAGAUAACAUUAAAACUAUUCUAUCAAGUGUUUGCAUGCGUAUUCCGUAGGCAUGUGUUGGCUACUUAAUCAAACGCUACUGUUGAAGGAAUGGCUGUAAGAUUUUUGUGUUGAUCGCAGCUCGAAUUUGCUGAAUAUUAUUGAUUGUUAGCUUUUCGGUGUGAACUCAUUGUUCUUCGUAAGGGGGCGAACCAGAAAAAGCGGCCUUUAGUGCUGAAGUGACAUAUAACGAUUGAAUGUAAACACUGCAGGUAACGUAUUGUAUAGUGUUAGCGAAAUGGAUGUGUAUUCAUUUAGAGUUUAGCUUUAUUGGAGCCAUUUGUUGCCUUUGUUAUAUUACACAUUGGCUUCAAAUAUCUUUGAGCAGAAUCAUCAAUCUAGUUUUAACUCUCAUAGUCAUAGAGUGCCGUAAUUUCCCCUCGUACUAUAUUUUAGGUCCAGAUUUCACAAACUUAUAAGUGGUUAUGCCCAUAUUAUAAAAUAAAUAAUCACUUUGCUGUUUAUCUCAACCGAUGGCCAUUAACUAAUUUUACGUUUAAAUAUGCAUCACUAUUUAAUCAUCUUAGUUUCUAAAAAUAUUUUGGCGUCACACAACAAACUUAUUUAAACAUGAUUAAGUUUGUUGUUUCGCGUUCUACUUGAAAUAUCGAUUCAUGUGUAUUCAUAUUAUUAAAACGAACAAAAAAUAUAUAUAUCAUAUAUUAUCUAAAUAUGUACCUUUCUGUAAUGUGCAAGAUCAUUAAGCAACUUUGCUAAAUUUGAUAUGUAAUUACGAACUGUGUAUUACCGUAUAUACCUUCUAUCUGAAUUUUGUUUAUUAUUAGUCUGGCGAUUUGAGAAACGUGGUGUUGCAGACACUGACGCCAAUGGUCUGUACUCGAAAGAAAAUAAAUUUAACUUUUUGACUGUAGACAUUUACUAGAUGGAACUUUUAAAGGAUAAAUAAAAAAUACGUGUAGCAGAAUGUAACAAA